UUUGUUCUACAGUGAGACACAGCCAGUAAAGGAACACCAUGGUGCCAAUGAGGAAGCCGCACUUGUUUCUAAAUUCAUGGUGUUCCCCGAGACAGCUGGCUGCAGUUUUGUUCAUAAUGCUCCUUGUCAGAGAUGGUGAUUCAAAUCAACAGCACAGAGGAGAAGUUGGUGGAAAGCUUACCUUAUACUGCUCCUCUAACAAACACAAGGAAAUAAAGCUUUUCUACCUGCAGAGAAAUUCUGGACAGCACAACGUUGAAUUUGUUAAUGGAUUUUAUGAAAACAGGAACAUCUCAAACACAUGGCCAGGCACCACUCUUGACCGCAACAACACGUCUGUGCACUUUCACAACCUAAAGGUCUCUAACAACGGGAACUAUCAGUGCAUCAUUGUGUACAAAGACGAAGGAAAAAGUGAAGAAACACACCGUGUCUUUGUGACAGCGCCCUACAGCAAACCCACAGUCUCAGUGAAUUGUUCUGAUGAAAGCCACUCCUACAUCUGCAUGGUGACAUGCUCCUCACAUGGCGGCUACCCGGCCACCAAGGUGACAUGGAACAUCUCUGUGCCUGUGAAUCAUAGUGGCGAGGCGUGGAAAGUGUUUAGCAGCAGCGAAGUAAGCGAUCCAAACUCCAAGUUGGUCAACAGCUCCAGCACAGCGCACUUCAACUGCUCCAACAGAGUGCCACAGUCCUUCGGGUGCUCUGUAGGGAUCGUCAUCUCGGACACAUUCACAGUGUGUGAACCCGAGAAGCCACUUGAGAGUUUCACCCAUUUGGCGAUAGUAGCCAUCUGUGCAACGCUGUUUCUUGGUCUUUUGGCAUUACUUGUACUGCUGCUGAAGAACUGCAGAAAACGAGUAAAUGUAGAUGUAGAGUCUGCAUGCAUGGAACAUUUGAAUACACCCAAUGGAGGGGGCAGAGUCAUCUUGAAGGUACAGUGUCUGGGAUUGCUGUUGGGACUCAACCGCACAGUCCGUUCCAGGAUUUAAAAAUGAAUGACAGGUCCAUGUCACUC